AGAGAGAGGGAUGGGGCACAUAUAUUCCAUUAAACUGACUCACAAGAGACUGAAAUGAUGCGGAGAUUCCGUCGCCAAAUAAAGCCCGAGCAUCAUUCAACCUAAUAAGAGGCAGCAACAUGCUUGUUCGGAUAGACCCGUGAGCGACAGACAGCAGUGACAUUGAUGAAGCCAGCUGUCACUCACUACACGCUCCCGAAGCCUCGAAACACGCCGAGGAUCUUUGACAGCUCGAUUUUGGAAGUGAAACUUUUUUCAAACACCAGGACGCAGACUGAUUCGCGUGCCAUCGGCUUGAGCUAAAUCGAAAGCAACUUCAAAUUACGGGAGCUCUGGUCGGGAGAUUGUUGAACAAAAGACAAACGACCAAGUUGAUACAUCCCUUGCUGUAGAGAGAGUAGUGAUAGAAACAUCCAAUGCUGCAAAACUGAUCCACAGCAUCCUGUAACUGCAAGCUGAAGUUGGAAGUGGAACAAUUAAUGCAAAAAACCCCACACCCCCUCCUCCCUGCUUCCAAGCUCCUCCUACUCCAUCGUCAUGGCGAUGAGCAGUGAUCCUGGUUGCGUGGGGGUGGACCCUGACCCAGACUCCUCCCAGACCGCUGAGAUGACUGACAAGAUGUCUGCGGUGUCGCUAAGGUCCGAUACCUCCUCCAGUGUAGUGAAGAAUGGGACGGGUGUUAAGAAAGCUCCGCCCAAGAGGCCACACCUGUCAGGCAGGAAGAUGUCAUUGCAGGAGAGAGGAACGUACGUGUCGUCUGGGAGCGGAGCUGACCGCUAUUCCCGAAUAGCCAGACAGCCAACCAUAGAGUCCAAACGAGUGUCAAUCUCAGACUCGCAGGAUUGCAUCCAGCUUAACCAGUACAAGUUAAAGAGUGAGAUUGGAAAGGGCUCAUAUGGUGUUGUCAAGUUGGCGUACAACGAGGAUGAUGACAGAUAUUACGCAAUGAAAGUGGUAUCUAAGAAGAAGCUGAUGAAACAGUAUGGUUUUCCCCGCCGCCCUCCUCCAAGAGGUCCCAAAGCAGCCCAAGGGGAGCAGCCCAAGGUGCUUGGUCCUCUAGAGAGAGUUUACCAGGAGAUAGCCAUCCUGAAAAAACUGGACCACCUCAACAUAGUUAAACUGGUUGAGGUGCUGGAUGAUCCAGCAGAGGACAACCUUCACAUGGUGUUUGAGCUGAUGCAGAAGGGCCCUGUGAUGGAGGUCCCCAGCGACAGUCCGUUCAGUGAGGAGCAGGCCCGCCACUACUUCAGAGACAUUGUUCUAGGCAUCGAGUACUUGCACUAUCAGAAGAUUGUUCACAGAGAUAUCAAACCAUCUAAUUUAUUACUUGGAGAUGACGGCCAUGUCAAGAUUGCAGAUUUUGGGGUCAGUAACCAGUUCGAGGGUAAUGAUGCCUUGCUCUCCAGCACUGCUGGUACUCCUGCCUUCAUGGCCCCAGAAACGCUGUCAGACAACCGCAAGAGCUUUAGUGGAAAGGCUCUGGACGUGUGGGCUAUGGGAGUGACCCUCUACUGUUUUGUGUACGGGAAGUGCCCAUUUAUUGAUGAGUACAUACUGGCACUUCACAAUAAGAUCAAGAGUAAGCCGGUGGAGUUCCCAGAGACGCCAGCUAUCAGUGAGGGGCUGAAGAACCUGGUCUCAAAAAUGCUGGACAAAAACCCAGACGCUAGGAUCACCAUUCCUGAGAUCAAAGUGGACCCCUGGGUGACUCAGGAUGGCACUGACCCUUUACCUUUAGAAGAGGAGCACUGUACUGUGGUGGAAGUCACUGAAGAAGAAGUGCAGAACUCAGUGAAGUUCGUCCCCAGUCUGUCUGCUGUGAUUCUGGUCAAAGCCAUGUUAAGGAAGCGUUCCUUUGGGAAUCCAUUCGAAUGUCCCAGCAGGAGAGAAGAGAGAUCCAUGUCUGCUCCCGGCAGUCUGCUCAUGGACUCUUGGCCGUUCCGGCCCUCUUUUAAACUCCAGCCCUCGUUAAGAAAGGGAAGCAGUGGAGAGGCUGGUAGAGAAGUCGAGCUCGAGGACUUGCAUGAGGAUGAACCACCCACCUCUUGAGUGUCUUCAUAGAUCCUGAAGCGUUCCUCAUUGUCCUCCCAGCCCUUCGAGCAGAAGAUGAUCAUGACCCAAACCGCUCCACUACACUCUUGUUUUCACUGACUUGAGGCUUACCUUGACAUUGAACUGGAUUCUGCUAUUGCUAGUCAUCCUUCAAGCUUUUCACUUUUGUCAGUCUUGCACAAGAAUCACUUUUGGAUCUUUCCACCUUUGUCCUCUCAUCCUGGCUAAACAAGUAGGAUGGAUUCUAUAUUAGGCCAGGUUUGUAUGAAAGACAGACUACGCCACAAGCUUUCUGCUGCAUAAGACUGCAGCAUGGACGAACGAUGCUACGGCAGCUCGUGAAGCUAAAAACGGUUGUGCUGAUGACGCUGCCAUCAUAACCUGUGCAUGUGUAGAAAAUAAUAGCAAUGGCGUCUUGCCUUUUUUGUAUUUGUUAAUGUGCAAUUCUUAACCCUAUCCAUCAUAGCAUGCCUGAAAUAUGGCCUUUUCCAUAUUGUGGUGGUUCCACAUCUGUUGCUUUCCAUUUCUUUCAUACCAUAAAAUUUUCUCAUUUCAUUCAGAUACAACACACACGCACAGUGUCGUACUGUGAAUCAAAGGGGCUUAUGUAACUACUAGACACUAAAAGAGGCUCUUGUCUGCACAUUCAGUCAAUUCCAGAAAACAGGGCUUUCUCAUGAAACACACCAGCGCUUGUUUGAGCGCUCAGCAUAACCAGUAUUUAGAACAGGGCUUAUUUUCCAUGUUUGUGAAUGUCGCAAAUCCUGCGUUCGGCUUGCACCGGAUGCAGGGCUCUCGUGUCGCAGCGCUUUGUCUUUCUGCAGGAACAGAAUGUGUCAUUGUUUACCGAGUCUUCACAUUCCAAAAGGCCUAUUUGUCAGUCAGCAGUGCUAACGGGCCCUCGAACACACACGCAAACAUGCCACCGAGGCGAGCGAGUGUGCGCCGAUGCGGAAAGAGAGGGAGUCACUUUCACUCAAAACAGACAAGCCAAUUGAGGCAAGGAUCUGAAUAUGGUGUUUAGCUGUGCAACGAAAGUGAACUGCCAUUCAAUGUCAUCACCGUCCCUCUUGGCCUGUAUUAACUCCGUCCAAAACAAUACGCCCUUGUUUACAUCGGAUCGUCUGCCAGGCGAACCCAUCAUCCCCUGUUUUUGAAUCACGUUUGAAAGUACAAAGAGAUCCUGAGUGGGUAUUUAAUUACCAGCACAGAGCACUCAUAUUAAUUAGAUUUGUAUCAUUAUGAAUUUCUCACUGAGCACGUUUAAGUUUUAAAUGAACAGUUCACCCAAAAAAAAUAAUACUGUUAUCAGUUACUCAAGGUUUUUACCAACACACAUUUUUGGCACAAAAGGGAGAUUUUUGCAUGCAGUUUGUCUGUUCAGACCAAUGCUUAAAAAAAUGUGACCCUGGACCACAAAACCAGUCAUAAGUAGCAUGGAGAUAUUUGUAGCAAUAGCCAAAAUGAUAGAUUUUUCUUUAACGGCAAAAAUCAUUAGGAUAUUAAGUGAAGUUCAUGUUCUAUUAAGAUAUUUUGUAAAUUUCCUACUUCAUUUUAGAUUAGUAAUGUGCAUUGCGAAGAACUGCACUUGGACAACUUUAAAGAGGAUUUUCUCAAUAUUUAGAUUUUUUUGCACCCUCAGAUUGUAGAUUUUCAAAUAGCUGUACCUCAGCCAAAUAUUGUCUAUACAUCAAUGGAAAGCUUUUUUAUUCAGCUUUCAGGUGAUAAAAUUGACCCUUACGACUGGUUUUGUGGUCCUGGCUCACAAAUUAAAAAAUGUACUCUUUUAAGUACUGUAGGCGGUGCUGUUAAAAAGCAGAAAUGCCCCUGUUAUCUUGAUGUUAUAAGUGUUGUGCAAUUUUCCUUUUCUGGCGCUUAGUAUAAACAGUAUUUACUUGUUUUCGAACAGCCUAUCUGAUUUUUGUUUUACUAUGGUGAUUAUCAAAUGACACUGGAUUCUUUGUCAGUUAUUCACAUUUGCUUAGCAAAACAGUCUGUUUGUGAGGCUAACCAAAUAAUUAUAUAAAUAUGUAACAGCAGUGGCUCUUGGCAUGACCAAAAGCGCAAAUCUUAGUGGUUGGCCAGUGCUAUGGAAGAGAGAUUACAGCACCUCCUCAUAAAUUAAAAAAAAAAAGUUGCAGUGUCAGCAUACAAAUGUUUGUGUCAGUCUAAACAGAUUCAAAUUCAUUCAAAUUAAUGUUUAUCAUAGAAAAUAUUCAUCUUGGUUUGAACAGGCUUUUAGCCUCAUUUAAUUCCAGACCAUAUUUCUUUUUUGUCAUUUAUGCUACUGGGUCUUUGAAUGCUUGAAUUUGAUUGACGUUCUAAGUUGUGCAAUUAUUUUCAGGGAAACUCACAGCGAAUGUAGUUCCAGGCAGCUCUUGACCGCAUUACUUGUAUAUCACUUCGCCACACGAUUUCAUUUAUUUAAGAUCCUUACAGCCUAAAACAACAAAAUUACCAAAACCCACAAAGACACUGGCCAAACUAAUGAAUGCAGUAAACAAUAGGAUAAAAACAACAGAUUAUUUCCAUGUUUUUUGCCACAAAAAUACGUUUUAUGGUGUACGGAAAGCACAUACUCUAUGUCUCCCACUCUCUCUCCCUUACAGGUUCACACACAUGCAGUUGUUAGCGCUGCUCUGACGAUUAACAACUUUAAACUACAUGACGUUUCUCCCAAGUGAGGAAACAACGGCGCUGUUCCUGAAGAAAGUGAACUUAAAGUUUUACUAUUAGUAGAGACGUUGCUGCUGCGGAUUUCUUUUGAGAGACACACAGACUCAGAGAGGUAAUCUCUCUCUCUUUUUCUGUCUCUUCCCGUCUAUCUGCCUGUAUGUCUAAAAUUAAUUAAUUAUUAACAGCAUUAGUCUGCUAUUAACGUCUCAAGCGUCGUUACGAAGUCUAAAAUGACACUUUGGAAUUAACAACGGAGGCGUUGGAAGAGCUGCGUAAAUUAAUUAUACUCACAAUAGCAUUUUAAGGGGAAAAAAACAGACGAAUGCCUUGAAAUACAUCAUUUGGUCGAUGUCUUGCGGUGUGGUAACCUUAGUAUAAGUGGAAUAAUUGACUUAGGUCGAUUGAAUUCUUAGAAAAUAAUGCAUCCGUUUUGCGUCGUGGCCGCAUCACCACCUCUGGAGUGCAUUAUUUUCUAAGAAUUCAACGGCUCGUCGUCAUUCCUUACGUAAAACACGGAAGGAGGUAUUUAGCAGAAUGUCCAAUCUGCUCUUUUCUCAUGUAAUGAAAUGUGUCACAAUUCCCCUUUCAUUAAAUGAAAAAGCGCAGCUUUGACUAUUUCAGGGUGAACUGCCCCUUUAAUUCAUUUUACAAGAAUAAAACUGGACUCAAUCAGGUCAGCUGGCAAUUAUUUACGUAAUUAUUUAAUUAUUACGUAAGCAGCGAAUGCUUAGAGGAAACCUUUAACCGUUGAGGACUCAUUAUUGCUUAUAUGAAGACGGAUUGAUAAACCGCAGUGAACCACUUUCGUUAUAUUCUCACUAAUAUCCUGAGCAGAUGGUGGUCCAUUUUUCUGACUCCUACACAUUCUUCCCUUCUUCUCUCUCUUCCCCCAUCUCUCUUUCUCUCGAUGACCUUCUUGUAAGCACACACUCUUUGUAGAUUGCUUCUUGCCCGUACCAUUUCCUCUUUAAACUGAAUUACACAGGAAAACUGUUUUCAGUGCCAAACGACUAGUGUUUUUUGGGUCUGUUUGUAUGGAGGCAUUUUGGUAUGGAGUCUUGUUUCUGUUGUGUAUUGAGAGUCUGUAUGUGGUACUCAGGGUCUGGACACUGCUGUUCGGGGAAUACAGAGAGAGUAGCAUAUUCAAUGUUCGGGAGCUUAAAGGUGUGUUUAUGUGUAUAAAUUCAUCAGAUGGUUUUAAAUGAUCCCCCUUCUCUUAUGUGUGUGAGCGUGCAAUCGCAUUUGUCCAUUCUGUCUCAAAUGUACAGUAGUCUUGUCAGUUACUUCUUGAUGUAUGCUAUGCACCUGUUAUUGUCUUGACGUAUGGCAUGUCAGUUAACCUGCUAUAACCUUUUACAAACUUCUCCUUGGUUUGCUAUUCCUUUUGAUAUCUAUGUGAGAUAAAACAACUAAUGUCUGAAACCCCUUUAAAUUGUUUCCUGCAGGACUUUUAUAAGCUAAACAUAUGCAGCAGCCAAUAUGCCAUACCUCUGUCUGAGCAAUCAACUCAAGUGUGAAGGCUUUAUUUCCUUUUCCGGGUUUCGGCUCUUGUGCAAUGGAUGAGGUUUGAUCAUUUGUCUACCUACAUUUACAAAGGUUUAGCUGAAUGAGGGGGAGAGAAAAGUGGCCAUUGUGAGGCACUUUGUAGCUGCAAAACGUUCUUGCUAUCAAAGCUUUAUGCGUUUUUAAUUUCCCUUUCUUAAAGUAUAUCAGAAUUGAUUAAUGUAUAUAAAUCGUAGAACACUGUCUCACUCACAUACCUGCAGUUUGAACUGCCCUGUUAUUUGUGUCCGAGUGCCUGAUAUUGCUGGUUAUUUAUAGACGUCUGUAUUCUGCUGCAUUGAUCUGAAUGUAACCGUUUAAAAAAAAAUCAAAGAAAAAAGAGCAUGUCCUGAGAAAGCACUGAAUGCAACUCUUACUAUGUAAAUAUGUACCAAAGCAUAUAAA